GCAAGCAGGAAAUCCAUGUCUUCGGCCCCUCUUUUUGAAUUUAUCACUGCUAUUGCAGGGGAAGCAGUGUCUUCAGCCUUUGAAGACGCUCCCCUGGUGGAUGUGCACACCCAUGUCUAUCUUCCCCGCUACGCCGACGCUCUACGCGCACGCAAAGACGCCCCUCGCAUUGCAUCUCUCGACAUCGGUGGUCGAACAGAAGAGCGACUACUCAUACUAGACGGCGAGCCAGCUGCGGGCAGGCCAGUCGGCCCUCAGUACUGGGACCGUGAAGAGAAGCUCAAGUUUAUGAGGCGGCACAACAUUGAUGUGUCCAUAGUCAGCCUUGCCAACCCCUGGCUAGACUUCUUGUCCCCUGAUGAAGCUAUCCGUCUCGCAAACGAUUUAAACGUCGACAUGGACGCCUAUUGUGCUGGCUCUCCGAUCGCCGACGGUCUUCCGUCCCUCCGCACCUUGUAUGGUUUCGGUGUCCUUCCUCUCGCUCCUCAAGUCCCCGUCUCCGCGAUUGUGGACGCAGUCCGCACACUGAAGAAUCUUCCCAAUGUUCGCGGCGUAAUCAUGGGCACCCGCGGCGUCGGCGCAGGGCUCGAUGACAACACGCUUGAGCCACUCUGGGAGGCGAUCCAGGCAUCCGGCCUCGUCGUAUUUAUCCAUCCUCACUAUGGUGUGGACAGCACCGCGUUUGGACCCCGCGACAAUGGCCACGUCCUUCCUCUUGCGCUUGGGUUCCCGUUCGAGACGACUAUCGCUGCCUCCCGCCUCAUUCUUGCCGGGGUUCUCGAUCGCUAUCCCGACCUCAAACUGCUCCUUGCUCAUUCAGGCGGGGCUCUUCCUGCUCUCUCCUCUCGACUCGCUUCCUGCGUUGCUCAUGAUCCCAUUGUCUCUACGCGGUUAAAGCACGACGCACGCUUUUACCUUGGAAAACUCUACUAUGACGCCGUCGCUUACGGGCCUGACGAGCUUUCUCUUGCUGCCGCAGUCGUCGGCCGUGCACAUAAGUAUAGCGAAUCUGGAGGUUCAUACGAUGCUGAAAAGGCUAGUAGACAACUAUUAUUUGGAACAGACCAUCCAUUCUUCCCGCCUCUAGAGGAGACCCAGCGUUGGCGUAGUGUAGACGAGAAUUUAGCCGCCAUACAAGAGGCUCAAGGGCUCGGUGUAACAGCAAAGGACGAGGUGCGCGGGCGGAAUGCGCUUAGACUCUUCGAUCUCAUCUCGUGA